CCGGCGGCGUGCGUGUUGUUGUGCGGCGGCGGCAAGAUGGCGGCGCACGGGGGCUCGGCGGCCUCCGCGGCGCUGAAAGGGUUAAUCCAGCAGUUCACCGCCAUCACGGGUGCCAGUGAAAGCGUGGGAAAACAUAUGCUUGAAGCAUGCAACAACAACCUGGAGAUGGCUGUCACCAUGUUUCUGGAUGGUGGAGGCAUAGCAGAGGAGCCCAGCACCAGCUCUGCAGCAGUGUCUGCAGUUCGACCACACACCGAGGAUGAAGUACGAGCUCCAAUUCCACAGAAACAGGAAAUUUUAGUAGAGCCUGAGCCCUUGUUUGGAGCUCCUAAAAGACGCAGACCUGCACGUUCAAUAUUUGACGGCUUUCGGGAUUUUCAAACAGAAACCAUUCGACAGGAACAGGAGCUACGGAAUGGAGGAGCAGUAGAUAAGAAACUCACUACCUUAGCAGACCUCUUCAGGCCUCCCAUUGAUCUGAUGCACAAAGGCAGCUUUGAGACGGCCAAAGAGUGUGGUCAGAUGCAGAACAAAUGGCUCAUGAUAAACAUUCAGAACGUGCAAGAUUUUGCUUGCCAGUGUCUGAACCGCGAUGUUUGGAGCAAUGAGGCUGUGAAGAACAUCAUCCGGGAACACUUCAUUUUUUGGCAGGUGUAUCACGACAGUGAGGAGGGGCAGAGGUACAUACAGUUUUAUAAGUUAGCAGACUUCCCUUAUGUCUCCAUCCUGGAUCCCAGGACAGGCCAGAAACUAGUGGAGUGGCACCAGUUGGACGUGACGUCUUUCUUGGACCAAGUGACCGGGUUCCUGAGUGAGCACGGGCAGCUGGAUGGGCAUUCUACCAACCCUCCCCAGAAAUGCUCCCGUUCGGAGAGCCUCAUUGAUGCCAGUGAGGACAGCCAGCUGGAAGCUGCCAUCAGAGCUUCGUUACAGGAGACACAUUUUGAUUCCUCACAAGCCAAGCAGGAGAGUCGAUCAGAUGAGGAAUCUGAGUCAGAGCUUUUUUCUGGAAGUGAAGAGUUCAUUUCUGUUUGUGGAUCUGAGGAGGAGGAGGAAUCGGAGAAUCCUGCCAAGUUGAGGAAGUCUCCACACAAGGACUUGGGGUAUAAAAAAGAGGAGAUCCGGAGGCCUCAGCCUGAACCCCCUGCAAGGACUGAGCCUGGGACAACAUCAAAUCAUAGAGUACUGCCCUGCAUUGAUGCAGGGGUAGCGGAGGAGCCAGCUGACAAGCCUGGAAGUACGUUGCAGGGCCUAGAUGUGAAUGGACCAAAGGCACAGCUGAUGCUAAGGUAUCCAGAUGGAAAGAGAGAACAAAUUUCACUGCCUGAACAAGCUAAACUUCUGGCUCUUGUGAAACAUGUCCAGUCAAAAGGAUACCCCAAUGAACGCUUUGAACUCCUCACCAACUUCCCUCGAAGGAAACUCUCUCACCUGGACUAUGAGAUCACAUUACAGGAGGCAGGCCUGUGUCCUCAAGAGACUGUCUUUGUGCAGGAGAGGAAUUAGCACCGUGGCCUGAGUUCUCCCAGCCUUCCUCCCCUCUCCUCUUUGCCUAGGACACCAACUCCUUGAUAUGCAGUUGAGGGUCAUAGGAUUGCAGUGCUGAAAUCAGGCAGGCAGUUGUCUUGCCCUUCUUUCUCUUCUCCCCUUCUGCUCUAGCAACAAUUGAGCGUGUUUGGAGUUCUGUUUUUGUUCUCAGAUUGGGCCCUGCAGAGAGCAUUGGGAAGAACGUCUUUCCUUUGUUUUCAUGGGGUAAAGUAGAACGGUGAUCUAUGUAUGUAUCCAGUGUGCUGGGACUUGGAGUGGCCAUAAUACACACACCCUUCUCACUGCUAUUCCUCAUUCCAUUUCAUUUAAUUUAUAUUUGAAAAUACAGUGUGAUAAGGCACUGAGUCACCUCUCUAUAAGGAGAGAGUGUUAUCUUUAGUACGAUCUUUCCUUUGAUUCUCUAUGUGAAGGGUCUCCAUUAACCUUACAGCCUUCUUAAGGGGAUUUGCUUACCUAGCAGUCUGCUGAAACUUACUUUGGGAAGGAGUUGAGGAGCUGUGGCACGAUGCUCUGUCCCUACCUAAUGGGCUACUGGGCUGCAUGUAUGCUUUCAUCAUCCUUUAAAUGCUGCCAGUGAACGCAGGUUUUGUUGUUGUUUAUGAAAAAAACAAGGAUCUCACCCUCCAAAACAAAAAAAGACUUGAAAAGCUGUGUCUACUGUUGCAGCAGCACCGACUCCUCCCUGCAAGGAGGGGGUUAUUGUCUGUUUUCUCCCUUUUUUAUUUGCUUUCGGGAUUUUACAGCUGACAAUAGAAGGUGGCGUGGUUCCAUGAUUGGGUAAAGAUGUUGGGAGGGUGGAAAACGUGUAGUAAACAUGACAAGUAGUUGGCUUUUUUCCCUCCCUCUCUGUAUGUCACUGCUGCACCAAGGGUGAUUAAUUUAUUAGUGGUUUUAGAGCACAGACUUCAGUUGGGCAGGACAGCAAGUUCUAGGCAGGGUUCCUGUCAUUAAUUCAAACCAUAAAUAGCCUUGUCAAAACUGUGGAAGGAAUUAGGGCUUUAUAAAAGACUUCAUAGCCUGGUGGCAGCUCCAGGCUGCUAUUGUAAUCUUAAUCUGCUGUCAUUUACCACUAAAUCUGGAAGGAUGUAUUGAAAACUACUCCUUUAUUUGUGUUUUCAUUUCAGCUAUGAGAGCUGGCAGCAGGAUUCAUACAGGCACAUCCUGUGUGUACACUGAGUGUCUCACCUAGGCACGGAGCUGUUUGUCACUUGUUGGUACAGUAUAGGUUACAGGAAACAACAGUCAGUUACCACUGCCAUCUGUGUGAUGGAUGUUCAGUCUGUUUAUUAACAAUUAAGAAUCCAAUUUAGCAUUUUUUGUCAGGGUGGAAGCAGGAAUAUGAGACCUGCUGUAGCUGUUUCUGUAACUGUCAGAUGAUUGUACAUGUGACUUCAGUGGCCAGAAGUGUUCUAUAGCCUGAAACUUUUCAAGAUAUUUUUGCGUUUAAUUUCAUAGCAGCCUUCUGAAUCUUUAAAUAGAGAAAGCCAUAGAGGAUGUCUUGUGUUCCCCAUGAUAUAAUCAUAUGGUUGUAUAAAUUUGUUUUCCUUCUGCAUCAACACCUUUGCAUUCCACUGCAGGGUACAGUGUCAUGAAAACAGGAUCUGAUGACAUUUUCCUGAUCAGCGAGCGAUGUGACAUCAGAUGCCAGUUUUGGUUUGUAAAGAGCUGCUUUCACAGAGGCUGUUUUGCAGCAUUAAAAGGUGAAUGACAGGGUCUGCAGAAGAGUGAGAGUGUUGGUGUUUGGCCUCUGGAGCAGCAGCAGCACUUCUAAACUGAAAGAUACCUGUAGUACUUCUAGGGUAUCCAAAUUCUUGUCUCAAACGUUGGCAUAGGAGAGUAGGGCAGAAGGAAACCCAUUCUGUGCAAGUAUGAUACUUCAAGUUAGGAAACUUCAGCUCUCCAGUUGAAAUAUCUUUCUCUGGUGUUUGUUACCUUGAAACUUGCUGCCUCCUCAUCAAUGGUUUGUUGCAAGGAAAUGAAGGUGGGCUGCCAGCAGGAAACAGUUCCUGACAUCAGCACGAUGUUCUUGUCCCUCAGGCAGGCUGAGAUGGGAGUGUGUUGAGUUUUCUUGCUCUUCUGUUGCUGCCUGCCUGUGUACAGCAGGGAGCCUUUGCACUUCCACUCGUGUCUCUCAAGCUGUGGCUGGCUGGAUCUCAGUACUGGCCAGGGUGGGGUUUGCAUCUGUUCUGAGCACACUGUUCCACAUCAGCUUUCCUAGUAGUGAACUUAAACAUACAAAACUGACUCUGUUGUUUCAGUCCUAUGCCUGUUUCAUUGGUAGCUUCUCUUCUGACCCUCCUCCCCAGUUUUUCUAAUGUACAUGGGGCUAGGCUGAGGCUUCAGCAAUUAGAUGUAAAAGAUAACUAACAGCUGCAUCAGCAGUGGGAAAGAGGGAAAACCGCAUUGCAGGCAGGAGCACAAGCUUUAGUUCUGUUGCUGGAGACCAGCAUGGCCCCAUAUUAUGAGCCUCCCAUUCUGACUAGAAGCUGUGGAGCUGACACAGCUUUCUUUAAUCUGUGCUUAGCUAUAGGAUCAUGCUGUCAGAUCCAAAACACGAAGGUUCUGGGUUAGCUUCUCAUCGCUUUUCUUAUGCCAGGAGCAGUUCAGUCAUCUCAGAAGGAACCAGAAGUCACACUUGGCUGUGGCAGGGUUUUUUCCUGAGCCGUCAAGACUGAAAGUCUUUUGUUUCAUUUCUUGUCUUUUUCUUUCUGUUUCUUGGCUUUUUAUCAGCAAAUAGCAGUUCUUUUAUAACUGAUCAGGAAAUGAAGAAUGCGGGGGAAAAAAGAAACUACAUUAAAAAUGGGAUUUUUCUUUCAGAUAUGGACUCAGAAUUAUAUUGUGAUAGUUCCUACUCAUUUCUUCUGUUCCAAGAAAUAAUGAGCUGAUCUGUUGUUCAGUUUCUUUGUUUCUCUGGCAUGCUGGGGUUUUAGUUUUCUUUUGCUUUGCUCUGUGAGCUGGAGGCAGAGAGAAAAGGUCUUGAAGGGAUAAGUGUCCCUUUGCAUGCCUCUUCUCCUCAUUCCUCUCCCUUUUUUCCCCCUUAUUCUCACCCCAGUAAAAACAACCACAGCUCACAUCAUCCAGCUUUUCUCUGCUGGUGAAAGCUACGAAGAAACAGCACCAACCAGGGUCCAGCUCCUCAGGGUUUCAUUCAGAGCUCUUUGGAGUUUGAAGGAGCAUGUUUUGCUGGCCUGAAGAAUGUGGCUGAAUGUAUUAACUAAGCUAAGCACGCAACAGCUUGUGACUGGGAAGGUGUAAGCCACCUGGGCUCGAUUUAGAAAGAGCCUCGGUCAUGGUUGCUUCUGAAUGUUAAGUUUGAAGCUCAAAUUGCUUUUGGCAAGGCUGCAAAAAAACACCUUGAAUCCCUAAUUGCAAAAUAAGCUGAAGUUGGGAGGACAAAGCAGAUCAUCCCUCAGUGUCUGUGGUUUGCAGUGUUGUUUGGCCAGUUUGUGUGUGUUAAAAGGACUGCCAUGAGCAGAGGUGCACUUAGACUGUGGAAGGCUUUUGUGGGUAGGGAGCUGAAAAGAGCUAACGUGCUUCAAGCUGCAGCUUCUUGCUGCUUGCAGUGAAGCCUUUGCAUGUGCUCUUCAUCCAGCUUGUUUUUUGUUUUGAUGUUUACAGUCUAACUGGCUUAGUUUUACAGUCACAACCAGAAACAGAGCACUUACCAGCUGUACCUGGCUUUCUUUGCCAGUUGCUGUCAGCACAUUUUUUUGUUGCCUUCCCACUCACAGACCUCCAAAGGUCCAGGGAAGGAUUUUGGCUCUUCCUAAAGGUACCUGCUCUCAGCUAGGCUGACCAUCCAGCUUCAACCCUGGUACAUUCCCUCCUGGAGGAAAUAGGGCAUCUGAAGGCUGUGUCACAGGUUGCUGGGCAUGCCUGCGUUGUUUUCAUUAGGCUUUUAACCAUGGUCUGUGAUUUUAUAUUUCUGACUUUUAUGGACUGAAUAACGUCAUGCUUCCUGGUGAAGAAUCUGAUAAGCUGACCACCUUGGUAUUGAAAGUGUGUGUGUGUAGUAGUUUUGUAAAACAGAGCAAUCUACAGAAGGGUGGCCGUUUUGGUUAUGCACCAGCUCACCAAAUUAACUGAUUAAUUAACUGAAUCAGUGUCAGUGUACGUGGUCCUUUGCACCAAGUCAUCCCAGCUUCUACAUUUAUGGGUGCUGUAGUUUGUACGCAUGCUGUUGUCAGAAACUGGCAGCUGGUGUUAGCACUUAAUGAAUAAACCUCACUGCUGGUUAGCACUUAAUGAAUAAACCUCACUGCUGAAGGGUUCUCAGAUAGGCUUCUUAGAAGACUACCAUGCAGUUGUGUGCUUUACUGCUUGUCCUGCCUUCUGACUGUUCAAAACGUCUUGCCUGAAGUACAUCUGAGUUAGUGGGAACGAAAUAGAAAAGGUUAAUUCUGAGAAUGGGGGAACUCCUUGUCUGCUGGCUGGGAUGCUCUGUCCUGACUCACUCAGUUUGUUCUCACUGAGGGCUGGACCAUAGGGUUGGGUUGCAAGAACUCAAGAGCAACAAGGCUCCACCCCUUGUGGGGCAGGAAAGCACCAUCAUCCCUUCAGCUGCAUUUUGACAGCUGGUGAAUGCUGACACGAACAGGCAAAAUGCAUCUGAUGUUUUUCCAAACCAUGUGGGUCUCUGUUAUCUGCCUUUGGGUGGGAAAGUCCCUGUGGGUGGGAGGAUGCGUGUCAUUUAAGGAACUUGAAGUAACGACUUGUUACUGCUUUCUUUUUGUUGCAGCUUUGUCCUUGUUUAAUCCCUUUGUAAUCAAGCUGGUAAUAAGGAAUAGCCCCGUAUGCCAAAGAGAGGAGAGGUAGCUGAAAUCUGGGUGGACAGCAAGGAGUGUUGUGAAGACUGGUAUGCCUUGUCCAGCUGUUUCUCAACAGGAACGGUUUUCUGUAGGUGGAGUAGCUUUUGUCCUAAAUAUGAUGCAAAACUGACAUUCUGAGCCCUGUAUUGGCCGUCUGUGUUGUUGGAAAUUCAUGUGGCUGCAUUUAGAGUCAGCCUAGAAACAUUUCAGUGAUGGCUGUUAAGGUCUACACAAGCUGUAGCCUGUUGUUUUGUGAGGGCAGCUUCGCAGGGGCUGUCUCUGAAAGCAAGAUCUCGCUGCAUCCUGUUGCCUGCUCCCAAGCCUGGAGGUUAAUGGAUUCCCUUUCUGUGCUGUGCUGCAAGAUGACUUUUAAUCUCAUCUCCUCUUGCCCGUGAGGUGCUUAGUGUCUGUCCCCUUCCCGUAAAUAGAGCCAUAUGUAUAUACGUGUAUAUACACACACAUACUUGUACUUGGAGGAUGUGGCACUUAACAUGAGUGCCUCGGCUUGCCUCAGUUUGAUCUUCUGUUUGACACCGGUGUGUUAUGAAUAGCUGCAGAAGUUUGGGGUUUGGUCACUGAUGACUGUGAGUGUCUGCAGUGCAAAGAAGAGCGAUUUUGUAUCUACUUGUGAAAUGGUGCUGAGAUUUUAGGGAGCAGCAGAGCUGGAGAGGAAGGAGGUGGAGCAGGGGGACGAGGUGCUAUUUUAUAGAGCAGCUUGAUAUGAAACCAGUCUGUGUAAAGCACGCCUCAGAGGCACAGUGUCUGAUUGGAGACACUGGGCUGUACAGCAGAUGACUUUCUUAGCAAGGCUGUGUCCUCUCCUGGCUGAACUUAGUUUCCAAAUUUGGGCUUUGCCUGCCGGUUUUUACACUCGUCACUUUUUCCUUCAAUGAUGCAACUUCAGUGCUGGAAGAGGGAGAGAAUUCAUUGGGGUGAUUUCAGCUCACUGUGCUGGGAGGGACCAAACUCAAGGAAACCUCUGAUCUAUAUACACAACUGCUGCAUUUUUUAUAAAUAUAUGUAAAUGUCCUAUUGUAAUAUUUGAUCCUGGAAAUAAAACAAACUGUUUUCACUAGA